UACAUCGUAGACGAGGUGAAACGAGAAGAGUUUGAAAAAAAAUUUGCUGCAAGAUGGCCAUACACGCCGGUUUCGCAUCUGGCGUCGCGUUAUGAACCGUGAUUUUGCUGUACGCGGGUACACCGAGUUUUCGAACGCACCUACGGUUCACUCUGUGUGUGACGUUUCCCGAUGGGGGCGGAGCGUCCUCCAGCUUCCCAAUUCUAACCAACCCGAUCCCGAUAGCUGUCGCAUUCCGCUGAUUUGCCUCAGUGUGCCUCGGCAGUGCGUUAGGUGCGUUUUUUGGUGUGUGCCCGUGCACAUAGCCGCUCACCACCAACGUACUUACGUGCGUGCGCGUAAAUCCAUUUCUCUGUCGUAUGUAACGAGAAACCGUGUGCUCAUAAAAAUCAUCGGCGAGAAGACAUUUUCCUCGCGAUGCCCUGGGCAUGUUUUUCCGACAUUCAGGUAAUCUUAUCGGUUAACUUUCCUUUCUUCUUUUUUUUUCUCUCUUUUUUUUUAUUUAGUCUUCUAUCUCUUUCUUUCUUACUCUUCUCUCUCCCUUUCCCCUCUCUCCCUCGAAGAACCUGCAUACCCAAGUGGGAUUCUCUUUUUCGAGGACCUCAACCUGAGGUCACACGGUGACGAGAGCGUAGAUGCUGAACGAAAGAAAGAGAUGGAGAAAGAACUCGUCCUCCAUUACUUGUUCGCAAGCAAAUGGUGGACUUGCUCGCUUACAAGUUUCUUUGUUAUAAUUAUUUACGCCUUCCGUUGUAUCCUUUCGUUGUAUCGUGUCUAUUCGUGGCCUUGUUGCAACCGAGUAAUCCUAGCGUUUGUGGAAGGGGUUGUAUGAUGUCAACGGCACAAUUUCGCAUUGUCUACGAUAUUAUAAACGGACACCAGUUGUAGUGUUUGUUAUGAUUCUUGGACAGAAUAGUGGCAUGAGUCGAUUAAUCUAUGGCAGAUCAACAAGAUCAGUUGUCAUCAGGGGGGUCUGUAGAGACGGCCGAUGCUUUAGCAGACACCUCUAAGCUUAGAGGGAAUAGCUCUGGCAGUGGUAGUAGUGGUUAUAGAAAACGACAGAACGCUGGUUCUCUUCCAGUUACAGUAGAAGAAAAAAGGCGUAGAGAAGCUAUUGAUAAUCCAGAAUCAUCUGAAGUUUUCAAUAAUACUUCCACGUAUAAACAUUUGACUGAUUCUUUUAAAACGGAAAGUAGAACAAGAGGCGAACGUAAAGGUCAUGGCAGUGGCUUAGAAUCGUAUCUAGAUACUGAUUGGAGGCCACACCAUAAGGUUCAGCAAUCAAAUUAUAGCAUUAGUGGGAAUAAUACAAGAGUUCGUAGUGCAGCAAGAACAAGUUUGCCAGAGUUAAAUUUAAAAGUUAUUGACUGUAUUGCUUCAAGAACUCGUUCUCGAACACCACAAAAUCCUCAAGCCGUAUCGCAAGGACAAAAUACGUUCGAUUUAUCGCUAUCCAGUGGCUACAAUAACAGAGAAGAAUUGACUUAUAACGACUUGGUGCCAACAUCAAGCGCUACACCGGUUACUAGUCAUCCAUCCACGUCGAGAGGAAGAGGCCUGAGGAUGAGCGAAUGUCUGGAAGGAUUUGUGUCUGCUGUCAAAGCACUUUUUCCAAUAUCAACACAAACGUAUCAUCAAGAAGUGUCGAAACCUCACGGCGGUGCAACCUGCGCGAAUAACAGCGCGAGUAGUCCAGUUUUGGGUGUGAAGUCCAGCAUCAGAGUGGGUAACACAGCCAGUAAUUCUGUGGAGAGUGGUGGGGGGGUGUUGGCACAUGACGGGGCAGGCACUAGUGGCAUCACAACAGCCACUGCCAAUCCACCUGUGUCUGCCACCGCUGCUGCCAACCCUGCACACCCUCAUCCUACGCACAAGCAUAUAUUACGUCCUCGCGCAAAAUUCUCCAGUGAGCAAGCUAAAGAACUGCCAACUAGUAACAAAACUUCAGGAAAGCAUCAUAAAAAGGACUCUACAACGGGCACUUGUUCAAGCUCCAGACACCGCUCUUCGUCACGUGCAAGGAAAGCAGUGAUAGAAGGCGGUUCUGGAGGAGUAGGAAGUGUAAUGUCAGGAACUGAAUCAGUAACCAAUAGUGCUACACCAACAUCGGUCUCAUCCACAGUUCCUGGCAAUCAAUUAGUGACUACAACAGGUGAGGACGAAUCAGCAUCUACAGGUACAUCUGCCACUGCGAGUGGGGGACCAUCCGGAAUGUCUGCCACUACGGGAGAUAGUGAAAGCGACGAUGGAGAAGUUGGAAGACUGCAAGCACUGUUGGAAGCAAGAGGCUUACCUCCCCAUGUAUUUGGCGCAUUAGGAUCGCGAAUGCAACACUUAUUAAACAGAAGUAUGGGAGCAAGUUCUGCUGCCAAGGCGCAACAGCUCUUGACUGGUCUGCAAGCUGUUGAUGACGAGGGAGAACAGCUUCAAGCUGUUAUCGGAAUGGGUGAAAUUCUUGUUAUGGGAAACGAGGACACAUUGACUGGUUUUCCAGUGAAACAAGUGGUCGCAGCUUUAAUUAAUUUACUUGGAAUAGAGCACAAUUUUGUAAUAAUGACACAUGCGUGUCGUGCUCUUACUUACAUGAUGGAAGCUUUGCCUCGAUCGUCGACGGUUGUGGUCGACGCUGUUCCAGUGUUCUUACAAAAACUGGAAUCCAUAGAGUGCAUGGAUGUGGCUGAGCAGUGUUUAACAGCAUUAGCUAUGCUAUCGCGAAGACACAGUAAAACCAUCUUACAUGCGGGAGGAGUGUCGGCUUGUUUAAAAUUUGUCGAUUUUUUUAAUAUUACGGCUCAGCGGGCUGCAUUAACAAUUACAGCUAACUGUUGUCAAAAUCUCCAUCCUGAUGAUUUUCAUUUGGUAGUCGACAGUCUGCCUUUAUUGACAAGUAGAUUAACAAAUCAGGAUAAAAAAAGUGUUGAAUGUGUUUGUCAAGCAUUUAGUCGUUUAGUCGAUAGUUUUCAACAUGAUCCUGUAACUCUACAUAAAAUUAUCAAUGCAGAACUUCUUCAAAACUUACAACAACUGCUUAUGAUUACGCCACCUGUCAAUAGCAUUGGUAAUUUCAUAACAGUGUUACGUAUGCUCUCUGUGAUAUCAAAUCGCUGUCCUGACUUGGCACAGCUGCUGCUGCAACAAAAUAUAGCGUUUACGCUAAGUUAUCUUUUAACCGGAUCCCUGGAAGUGAAAACAGAAGAUGUAGAGUUAGUGCCGCGUUCUCCGCAAGAGUGGUUCGAGAUCACUUGUUUGAUCGAGGAGCUCAUGCCUCCGCUACCAACCGAUGGUAUAUUUAGUGUAAAUAGUUUACUUGAAAGGACCAGUAAUCAACAAGAAAACGUUCAUUGGGAGUGGCGCGAUGAAAGGCAUUGUUGUCAUCCAUUUAGUACUAUCGAUUCUAGAAUUAUUGAGAUGGCAUUUCAGAAUGGCGAGGAUGAGAUUUGUUUGUCCUCUUUAGGACGAACCUAUACGAUAGAUCUGACUGUGAUGAAACAAAUCAAUGAAGACAUUGGAGUAGCACGAAGCAUUUUUCGUAGAGUAAAUACUCAUCCCACAGAAGGCAAGAGCCCUACUUGUUUAUCAAGGUUAAUAUUAAUAUCAAACUUAAUAUUAAUUUAUCAAAUAAAUGCAAAUUUAAGCGCAUGUUUCACUAAAUUAUACAUUUCUCACAGCAUGGAUGUCGUGCCUCCAGUAAUUGAAACAAACGAAUGGCUAGUGUCUUUUAUCCGAACUUUGUUCUCUGUAUUGUACGAAGUCUACAGUAGUUCUGCUGGCCCUGCUGUAAAAUGUAAAUGUCUUCGAGCUCUUUUACGUAUGGUCUAUUAUGCUUCAACCGACUUACUUAAGGAUGUCUUGAAGAACCAAGUAGUAUCAUCACACAUAGCGGGCAUGCUGGCAUCCCAAGAUUUACGAAUUGUUAUUGGAGCUCUGCAGAUGGCAAGUAUAUUAAUGAAAAGACUACCGCAAGUGUUUGGGGUUCAUUUCCAUCGUGAAGGCGUGCUACAUCAAAUUCGUCAACUAGCUGACCCUGAAGUACCUCUUGGUGUUUCGCCACCCAAGUGUCCUUCUGGUACAUCAUUACCAACUCCACAACCAGGUCCGUCAAAUACAUCACUUUCUUCCACCACAAUGUUGUCCUCUAGUAAUGCCACAUCUCCAAUUGCUUCUCCAUCGACAAAUGGUAACAUAUUGUUUGGUACAAUUGCAACAUGUCAAUUGAAACCGAACCUAUCCGCAUCAAUGGAAACACACGCUAGAAACGAAUUAAACUCCACAGUAGACGAUGUAACGACGCCACAGAGUACUCAUUUGAGACUCGGAGACGUUCUAAAAAGGAAACGACAAAACAAGAAGGGUCGUUUUUCUAGAUUAAGUGGUACAACCCCGCAACAAACUCAACAACCCGAAUCACUUUUUACUGGUUUCGCUACUAAAAAUAAUCGUUUCUUAGGAAAUCUUAAUCCCGCUAGAUGGGGUCGAAAAUCGUCGUCUUCAAAUUCUACUAACGAUAAAAGAGAUUCGAGCUCGUCGACGAGUUUAUCGAAACCGCCAAGCAAUUCUAGUUUAACGGGUGGUAAUCGAGAUAAAGCUAAAGCAUGGGUACGUGAACAGGCUGCUCAGUUCUUGUCGCGAUAUCAGGACAACGCACCCUGUACACAUCCUGCAAUGACAGUCCUUUCGAGACUUACUGCCGCUAUACAACGGUUACAAUCAAAUGAAUUGGAUGAAAUGUUAUCGGCGCUUACUGAAUUGCGAGAUAUCGUACUCGAGAGUGAUAUAUCUCCGUUCGAAAUGAAUUAUAGUGGUCUUAUUAAAGCUCUGCUCAACUACCUCACUACUACAGACGCUCCUGGUAAUCGUUAUGAUCGCCUUCGUAUGUUCUGGAAAUUGUUCGCGGAAUCGACUAUGCAGCAGAGCAACAAUAUCAUGGAUCUUAAUCCUGGAGCUUUUGGUGCUUUGGUGGCAAAGUUGAAUAGUUGUGUUGCACAAUUGGAACAAUUUCCUGUGAAAGUUCAUGAUUUACCAGCAGGAUCUGGUGCUGGUCGUGGAGGUACUAGUGCUCUCAAGUUCUUCAAUACACAUCAACUUAAGUGUAAUCUCCAACGACAUCCGGAAUGUAACAAUUUGAAACAGUGGAAAGGAGGUACUGUCAAGAUAGAUCCUCUGGCGUUAGUACAAGCAAUUGAACGUUAUUUAAUGGUCCGUGGAUAUGGUAGAAUACGAGAAGCGGAAUCUAUGGUUAGUGACGAUGAUAAUAGUGAAGAUGAUAUAGAUGAUACUCUGGCAGCGGUAGUUAUAAGUCAAGGAUCAGCAAAACACAAACUCCAAUUCUUAAUUGGAGACGAAGUGCUGCCUUUCAAUAUGACUGUUUAUCAAGCCGUCAGACAGUUCGGUUGUUCUGGAAUUGAUCAUUCUGAAGCAGAAGCUGAUGGUGAACCACCACUUGGUCAUGAUGCUGUAUGGGUACAAACUCACACAAUUUAUUACAGGCCUGUACCAGAGGAAGAAACUGCAACAUCACCAAAACCAGGUUCAAGUUCACAGGGUAGCAGCCGUAAAGGCAAAGGAAAGAGUACAAAGAUCAGUUCGAAACGAAAAGAGGAUAGUUUGUGGCUCGAAGGAACCGUCCCUCCACAACGAUGUCCUCUCGAUCCUUAUUUGUCUCCCAUCUUACCACCCUCGGUUACCAUUACCGAUGCUUCAUUAGACGGUUUGUGCCUACUACGUCUUUUACACACAUUAAAUCGUCAUUGGGGUGUUCUAUUUCCUCAUCUAAAGUGUGUAAGCCUACUUUCUCCACAAGACUUUAUUAAUAAUAAAAUAGCUGCGAAAGCAAGUAGACAACUACAAGAUCCUUUGGUGAUCAUGACGGGAAACUUACCUUUGUGGCUACAACAAAUUGCUACAGUCUGUCCAUUCCUGUUUCCAUUCGAAACAAGACAAUUAUUGCUUUAUGCAACUUCGUUCGAUCGAGAUAGAGCUUUACAACGUCUUUUGGAUUCCGCACCAGAACUAUCGGGAUCGGAUAGUCAAGAACGCGUUACUCCACGUUUAGAGCGAAGGAAAAGAACUAUCUCCAGAACCGAUAUUCUCAAACAAGCGGAACAAGUUAUACAAGACUUAGCGUCUAGCAAAGCCUUACUUGAAGUGCAAUAUGUUAACGAGGUUGGUACCGGUCUUGGCCCAACUUUAGAAUUUUAUGCUCUAGUCUCUCGAGAAUUACAGCGUGCCGAUCUAGACCUUUGGCACGGUAGUUCAAGCGCUACUGAAUCAGGAUACGUUAAUCCGUCACAUGGACUUUUCACAAUGCCAAUUUCGUGGAAUACUAAAGUAUCUCAUCUUGCAAAACUUAAAACGAAGUUAAAAUUUCUCGGAAAGUUUAUGGCGAAAGCGAUAUACGAUUCAAGAAUGUUGGACUUGCCAUUUAGUUUAACUUUCUAUCGUUGGUUGUUGGGAGAAGAACAUACAUUGACGUUAAACGAUUUAGCUUAUGUAUGUGCUGAUGUACAUCGAACUCUUAGUAAACUGCAAGACAUAGUUAGACAAAAGGAAACAAUCGAGAAAGAUCAAACGUUAAGGCCACACGAAAAAGCACAACUAAUAGAUUCGCUAAGUUUAGAUGGUUGUCCAAUUUCGGAUCUUGGCCUUGUUUUUGAAUUACCUGGUUACGAAAACAUCGAAUUAAGAAAAGGUGGAAGUGAGAUAUCUGUUACUAUUUAUAACCUGGAUCAGUAUAUCAAGUUGGUGGUACAUUGGUUCUUGUACGAGGGUGUCUUCAGACAAAUGGAAGCGUUUCGGGAAGGCUUUGAAUCUGUAUUUCCACCGUCGCAAUUACGAUUGUUCUUCCCUGAAGAACUCGAAGCUGUGUUCUGCGGACAUGCACAAACGGGUGGACAGUGGGAUGUGAAAACUCUUUCGGAAUGUUGUAGGACUGAUCAUGGUUAUACGCCAGAUUCUCGCGCGAUACGUUUUUUGUUUGAGGUUAUGUCAAAAUACGACAGUGAAGAACAACGGCAAUUCAUUCAGUUCGUCACUGGUUCGCCGCGAUUACCAGUUGGAGGUUUUAAGAGUUUAACGCCACCGUUAACAAUAGUGCGAAAAACUUUCGAUCCGUCGAUGAAAACAGACGAUUUCUUACCAUCCGUAAUGACUUGCGUUAAUUACUUAAAACUGCCCGAUUACACAACUUUAGAAAUAAUGCGGGAAAAAUUGCGAAUAGCUGCACAAGAAGGACAACACUCGUUCCACCUUUCCUAGAAACUGAUGGAAAACCGGCGCGCCAUUUUGCUCUUUUCCUAUCGCAUUGUCCAGGUUGAGACCAAUUAUUCAAACAACUUUUAAAAUAUCGAGAGAAAAAAUAACUGCGUUUGGUACGAGACUCAGUAAUCGCAAUUUUGCACUUUAUACGAGUUUUUCGAGGAUUACCAUUUUUUGAUUUUAGCGACAAUUCAUUAAUAAAUCUUCAUUUGAUGUUUAUCCUUUUUAUUUAUGAAUUUGAAUUGUGAUAUAUUUUACCAGAAAAAGAAAAGUGCAAAGACGAUGUUAACCCUACUGUAUGAGUUUCCUCUUGUGGUAUUACGAACCAGGUAGCUUGGGAGCAGCCUUGUUCUAGGAAACUUAUAAUUGAUGUGUUACAAUAGUUAAUAAAAGUUGUAAAUAUAGUUUAAUAUACGCAAGUCUAUAUAAAUACUUUAUAUAAUAGUAACAAGAAAAUGAUAUUGCUAUGAACUCUAUACUAAUUAAAUAUAAUUUAGUUUGAGGGAACGUUUACUAGGUAUAAGUAUAAGUAAAUUUUAUAUCAGUGGUGCAUUUAGCACCGCCAUAAAUCGCCAAUCUCAUGUCUCACAAUUCGCAGUGAUGUCACGAGUUAAGAUCAGUAAACAACUGUGCGCUACAAAACAAAAGUGGCUCAUGGCUUCAUCACCUUUAAAAAAAAGAAAAAAAAAAGAAAAACCGAAAAAACAACUUCGAAUAUAAUAGCGUGUUUAAUGACCAUCGUUUUAUUUUCAUAAUCGAUCUCUUGUGUUCGCUGCUUAAUUUACAGCGUCUGCGAGCACUGUGCGAACUGACGUGCAACACACUCCUAUAUUUAAGUUAUAUGAUGUAUCACCAAUUAAACUUAUUUGAUAUUUUUAUUCUAGGUAAGAUAGUCCAAUUAAUACUUUACUUAGCUGUGUAAAAGUGCAGCCAGCAUCGCCAGAUCGAGUCAUCGUAAUAAUACGUGAAUCGAAGAAAAUUCUUAUAUCCACUUACUUACAGGCAAAGUAUCUAUUUAUGAAAAAUGUACGACAAAUGUAUAAUAUGAAAUAGAAUGGAUAUAAAGUCAGCGAAGCUGGUGUAUCAAAUGGAUUAUACAAGGUACAUUACUUUCUUAUAUCUCUGUAGAAAAUGUGAUUCUAAAUGAAAAUUGUGAGCAUAUGAAUUGAUCAAAAAGUAGAAACAAAAAUUAAAACGCGACUGUAUUUGUUUUACACUUAUAUUAUGUACCAUUGCUUGAAAUGAUCAAUAUAUAUACAUCAUUUUUUUUGUUUUUUA